AGUAGUAGGCCUAAUAAUAAAUAGCCAAACCUAUUAAAAAAAACUAGUAUUCAUAUUGAUAUUAUGCUCUUUAUGUUAUUGUGAAUAUCAUGUCAUGUUGUUAGAUUGUCCAAUAAAUUAUCCAAUUGCCCAGAUAAUUAUUAUUUUUAAAUCCGUAGGCUACGCUGAAUUUGGAUUUAGUGAAAUAUUGUUUUUCUAGGCUAUCAAAGCGACUGGUGACAAGAGGCACUGGAUUUGGAGACAUAAAUAAUAAUCUGUAAUAACUGUCAUACAUACCACCCCCGUGGUCGUAUAUAAGUGGGCGGUGGGAGAAGGGACAGGGCUUGUGAUGGCGUUUCUAUGUCACUCUGAUACGAGCUAGUCCAUGUGAUGUCAGCUAAAUGCAAUAGACAGUGAUCCAGCACUGAUGAGGACGUCCGCUUUCAAAAUGUGACAGAGCAGUCACGCUGCUAUCCACGAACACAUCUACCGUCGCUUUUACAAUAAGGAGCCGAGGACAAGUCGGCUGGUAGGCUGCUGCUCACACCAAGCUAGGUUUACAAAAUGGCAAGUUCUCUUCCUUUGGAAACCAUGAUGUCUUGCCCACGACUUGACAGCGGCAGGAACGGAGCGUCAACCGCGCCAAAGGCGUUGGCCUUUUCCAUUGACCGGAUCAUGUCCAAGACCUCGGAACCGAAAGGAAGUUUGGAUGACCGGCGAGGAUUGGAGAUUGCCGAGGGCAAAAAGAUGCUAAGCCUCUGCUCACCUAUACCUUGUAUGAUCCCAAUUCAACCUUUUAGCUACGACCUUCAAGCCAAGGCGCUGAUGAACUACUCCGAUUUUUGGAAAGCUAAUUUUAGAGGAACGAUAUGCGGUUCACCUGCAGCAAUGUGCAAAGCUAAUUGUGGGAUGUGUGGCAAAGGGGACUCGGGUUUGAAGCACUCUAUAAUACCAGGAACUAGAGUAAUAAAGCCCCAAGUCAUCCACCAAGCCGUUGCUAUGCCUACUAACGGGUCUCUGUACUAUUUCAACUACCUGGACUCUGCAUACCACCAGUCUGAGCUGUUAUCAGGACACUUGUUCUCCUCAGCUCUGGCCAACUCGCAAGCUCAGGCUUCGUUCUCAGCACACCAGAAACUUUUACUUCUAGAGAACGCCAAACUUGCCAGCGCUUCGGUUGAGAAGUUCCCCACUCCACAAUAUCCCCACAAGGAGCAUCUGCCUGGUCAGUUGGACCAGAUAGUGAAGGAGAACCACAGCCUGAACUCGGAAAAAAACGGCGUAAAAGCUCACGGCAAGCUCAACAACAGCUCCACCGACGGGAAACCGAAAAACUUCACUUGCGAAGUUUGUGGAAAGGUAUUUAAUGCUCAUUAUAAUUUGACUCGACACAUGCCAGUGCACACAGGCGCGAGGCCCUUCGUUUGCAAAGUGUGCGGGAAAGGGUUCCGUCAGGCCAGCACGCUGUGCAGACACAAAAUUAUCCACACGCAGGAAAAGCCUCAUAAAUGCAACCAGUGUGGGAAGGCGUUCAACAGGAGCUCAACACUGAACACUCACAUACGAAUCCAUGCCGGAUACAAACCUUUCGUCUGCGAAUUCUGUGGAAAAGGAUUUCACCAGAAAGGAAAUUACAAGAACCACAAACUUACACACAGCGGAGAGAAGCAGUACAAAUGUUCCAUAUGCAACAAGGCCUUCCAUCAGAUAUACAAUCUGACCUUCCACAUGCACACGCAUAACGACAAGAAGCCCUUCACGUGCGGGACUUGCGGAAAAGGCUUUUGCAGGAACUUUGACUUGAAAAAACACAUACGAAAGCUGCAUGAUAAUAACUCUUCGUGUUUAUCUGCAACAAACGAAACAUCCAGGGCACUCCAAAGCUGAGCCAGUAUUUGUUUUCCAUGGGAUGGGCAAUUUAUCAUAAUACACUUAAAGGGAUUGUUUUAUUGUGAGUUUGCACCAGUGUAAAAACUGUUUAUUUUUGUUUGUUUGUUUACAUUUUGUCACGAUGAAACAUAGAUCAUCGUUAUUUGGGAUAUCAAACGAAUGAAAACUCAAAACAAUUGAGCGGGAAAGACUAGGCCUACUUGUUUAAAGAUUUUAAGCACAUUUAGAUCAAUGCGUCGAUGCUUGUAAUUUUUGAACAAUGACAAAGUGUUGAAUUAUCCACAUUGAAUCUAAAAAUGAGUAGGCUACAGCCAUACUUGGCACAAAUAAUGUCAAGCAUCUUUCGCUAUUGCCAUUGUUAACGCGUGAAAACGGAAUUGUAAAUAAUAGGCUAUGAAAAAUAAA